UUUUGAUCAACAAAUUGAUUUUAUUAUGUUGACAAAAUAAUUUAACAAUUGAUAUUGUCGUAAAUACAAAGUAUUAUAACAUAAUAGAUGACAGAUAAUAUAUCUUAAACAUAGUAAAUUGUAGAUAAAUAAAUAUAAUAAUAAAACGUGUUUUGUGGGGCUUGCGCAUGGGUUAUAACAUAUUAAAUUAUAAUUAAAAAUUUCUUAUAUUAAUCACACUGUUUAGCAGGCUUUUGUAUCAAUAAUUAUAAAUAUGAUAAUUGACGAUUUUUUUUAUUCAAGAAGAGUGAGUUUACUUAACUGAGAUGAGAUGUAAAUUUUAAUGUGCCUUUACCAGUAAAUAUUAUGAUAAACUUGACCUUGAAAAGCCCUUUAACUAAAGCGUAUUUUGAAACGUAACUAGCUGUUAAUAAUAGUUAAAUAUGACAGACAUUAAGUAAUUAGCAGUUACAAAAUUUCGAAAAAAAAACAUCGCGUUACUAUAUUUAAAGAAGAAACGCAUUGUACGGAUAUAUAAUUUCAACAAAUGGAGCAAGAUAAUAUAUCUUACGCGCAAUCCGUGAAUGACCGAGAAAGUGCUUAUUCAGAUAAUGGACAAAUAGAUAGUUGUCAAUUGAACUAUAUGCAGCAGAGAAAUAGGGAGGAAUCGUUAUAUAAAAAGUGGUUAAUACAGCGACGUAACUUGGUGCAAACAUAUCAAAGAAGAAUGAAAGAUGUAGUAGUGCAAUCGGGCGAAAAAUUUGUAAGUUUUGCACGUAAAUGGUACAUCAGUCAAGGCUACUCUUUUGUACCAGAGGUGAUCGAUCUCAAAGACAAACUGAAAUUCGGCACAUAUCACCCUAUAUCUGAAAAAAUAUUGGAUAUAAUUGACAAAAUACAACGUUCGAUAGAUACUUACAUGCAUCGCUUCAUCACUGUACACCGAUUCAUGUACAAUGCGAGAAGAAGUUACAAGGAUAUGCAGUUCUCCAUUAAUUCUAACGUUAUUACAGAAAUAAAAUUAAUAUUUACAGAGAACGUAUGGCCAAGCGAUAUACGAAAAUUAAACAUCAGAGACACGAUUGUCGUAAAACUGACGUUAAAUGAAAAUGUUCAAAUUUGCAAUGUCGUUUACAAGUAUAUAUACAUUCAAGCAUCAAAAGAUACAAAAGAAAAUAUUUAUAAAUUAGGAUUUAAGUUGAAAAAUUUUUACAAUUUUCCUUUAGAGGUGGCAUUUGACAAAUUUAUGAAGGAAGAAAAUUGUAGUGAACGAGAAAAUUCCGAAAGCACAAUUUAAAGAAUUGUUGUUAUAGAUUAUUACCAUAAAUUUAAUUAUGAGUUUGUUUCUAAGAUUUUCCUAUAUUUACAUUAUUAAUUUUUUUAUUUUCUAUUACUAAUGGAUAGAAUAAAUUGAUUUGCAGUUAAUUGAUGUAAUUAUUGAAUACAACUUUUUGAUUUGUAGUACAUUUUUUAGAUAUUCAUAUUUUUUUUAUUAUACACAAUAUUAUUAUAAUAUACCUACC